UUGUUCUAUCUGUGACGUCGUUCUGGGAAAGGAGGCGGUUCGGAGUUACGCUAGUUAGCUGUUGUUGCUAGCUAGUAUCGUCGGUAGUCAACAUUUCAAAGUCCAGGUACAAAUCUUCCAUGUCUGAACCAAAGUCCACAGAGUCCCCGGGUUCUGGCUGUGGUGUUCCAGCCCAGAGAAGCUCACAGCUGGGUCCAGAAGUGGUGUCAGUGAAGCUGGAGGACUGCAGUCAAACACUGGAACUCAAUGUGAUUGUCAAAGAAGAGCCAGAAGUCCUAGAGGAAGAGAUGGCUGUCAAAGAGGAGGCGGCGGAGGAGGAGAGAGCAGUCGGAGAGGAGGAGAGAGCAGUCGGAGAGGAGGAGAGAGCAGUCGGAGAGGAGGAGAGAGCAGUCGGAGAGGAAGAGGAGGAGAGAGCAGUCAAAGAGGAAGAGGAGGAGAGAGCAGUCGGAGAGGAGGAGAGAGCAGUCGGAGAGGAAGAGGAGGAGAGAGCAAUCAAAGAGGAAGAGGAGGAGAGAGCAGUCAAAGAGGAAGAGGGGGAGAGAGCAGUCAAAGAGGAGGAGGAGGCAGAGGAGAGAGCUGUCAAAGAGGAGGAGGAGGAGAGGACAGUCGAAGAGGUGAGAGCUGUGAAGGAGGAGGUGGAGAAGAGAGCUGUGAAGGAGGAGGUGGAGGAGAGAGCUGAGGAGGAGGAGAGAGCUGAGGAGGAGGAGGAGGAGGAGGAGAGAGCUGUGAAGGAGGAGGAGGAGGAGGAUAGCAGAGAAGUGUCUGAUCCAGAUCUGGAGGAAGAAGUAGAUAGUAUCACUGACCCAGGAGAGAUCUCCAACCCAGGUUCAGACAGUGAGCCCAGUUCCACAGCAUCAGGAAACCAUAAACAACACAGACGGAGGAACUCAAGACAGAAACAUCACCACUGCAUGGACCGACCCUGCUCAGAUUGUAGAGGCAGUUUUGUGUGUCCAAAUCACCUCCUACCACGCAAAAAGACCCUCAAAAGAAAGAAGAUGUACCCGUGUGGUCAAUGUGGGAAGAGAUUUCAGACACCAAGCAGCUUGAAGACGCACCAGCUUACUCACACAGGAAAGAAGUUGUACCACUGCUCCCAGUGUAGGAAGACUUUCAGUUGUUCGUUCAAUUUGAAGAGGCAUCAGAGAAUACACACAGGAGAGAAACCUUUCCACUGCUUCCAAUGUGGGAAGAGCUUCCGUAUGGAAGGACAGCUAAACGAACACAAGAGAAUACACACAGGAGAGAAGCCGUACCACUGCUUUCAGUGUGGGAAGAGCUUUGGUCGGGCAGGAGCUCUAAAGGCACACCAGCUAAUUCACACAGGACAGAAGCCGUACCACUGCUCUCAGUGUGGGAAGAGCUUCAGCCAGGCAGGACACCUGAAGACACACCAUCGAAUUCAUUCGGGAGAGAAGCCAUACCACUGCUCUGUUUGUGAGAUGAGUUUUCCUCUUUUACAGACCUUAAAUAGACACCAGCUUACUCACACAAGAAAGAUGCCUUAUCACUGCUCCCAGUGUGGGAAGAGCUUCAGUCAAACAGGAAGCCUGAGGGCACACCAGUUAACUCACACAGUAGAGAAGCCUUACCACUGCCUUCAAUGUGGAAAGAGUUUCAGUCAUUCAUCAAAUGUGACGGCCCACCAGUUAACUCACACAAGAGAGAAGAAUUACCACUGCACUCAGUGUGGGAAGAGCUUCAGUCUGGCAAGAUACCUGAAGAAACAUUGUCAAACGCACACGGGAGAGAAGCCUUACCACUGCCCUCAGUGCGGGAAGAGUUUCCGUCAGUCAUCACAUCUGAGGGCACACAAGUUAACUCACACAGGAGAGAAGCCCUGUACCGCUUCUCUCAGUGUGGGAAGAUCUUCAGGCAGACAGCAGACUUAAAGAGACACCAGCUAAACGUGGACACGUUUUUAUCCCGAUCUACAGGCUCCAGAUCCGAUCUCGGCCCAUUGACUGUUCCUAGGCCGUCAUUGAAAAUAAGAAUUUGUUCUUAACUGACUUGCCUAGUUAAAUAAAGGUAAAACUUAUCUACAG